UUUCUUUGCCUCUGUACUCCACAAUUUGUAAUAGAAAAAAAAAAUCACAUGUGGAUCACAUUGGCCGAUUUUAAUAAAGGUCAUUUUUAUACAUUUUGGUUUCACCAUGUAGAAAUUACAGCUGUGUUUAUACACAGUCCCCUCAAUUUAGGGCACCAUAAUAUUUGGGGCACAGCAAUGUAAUGUAAAUGAAAGUAGUCAUGUUUAGUAUUUUGUUGCAUAUCCUUUGCAUGCAAUGACUGCUUGAAGUCUGCAAUUCAUGGACAUCACCAGUUGCUGGGUGUCUUCUCCAAUGAUGCUCUGCCAAGCCUGUAUUACAGCCAUCUUUAGCUUAUGCUUGUUUUGGGUGCUAAUCCCCUUCAGUUUUCUCUUCAGCAUUUAAAAGGUAUGCUCAAUUGGGUUCAGAUUGGGUGAUUGACUUAGCCACUCAAGAAUUGACCAUUUUUUAGCUUUGACAAACUGUAAUCUGGCCAUCCUAUUUUUGCAGCUUACCAGUGGUUUGCAUCUUGCAGUGUAGCCUCUGUAUUUCUGUUCAUGAAGUCUUCUGUGGACAGUGGUCAUUGACAAUCCACACCCGACUCCUGAAGAGUGUUUCUGAUCUAUCGGACAGGUGUUUGGGGAUUUUUCUUUAUUACAGAGAGAAUUCCUCUGUCAUCAGUUGUGGAGGUCUUCCUUGGACUGCCUGUCCCUUUGCUAUUAGUAAGCUCACCAGUGCUCUCUUUCUUCUUAAUGAUGUUCCAAACAGUUGAUUUUGGUAUGCCUAAGGUUUGGCUGAUGUCUCUAACAGUUUUAUUCUUGUUUCUCAGUCUCAUAAUGGCUUCUUUGACUUUCAUUGGCACAACUUUGGUCCUCAUGUUGAUAAACAGCAAUAAAAGUUUCCAAAAGUGAUGGAAAGACUAAGUGCUGAGAGCUCUCUUAUACCUGCAUUAAGGAGGCAAUUAAACACACCUGAGCAAUUACAAACACCUGUGAAGCCAUUUGUCCAAAACAUUAUGGUGCCAUGAAAUGGGGGGAACUAUGUAUAAACCCUGCUGUAAUUUCUACAUGGUGAAACCAAAAUGUAUAAACAUGGCAUUUAAUAAAAUCUGACAAUGUGCACUUUAACCAUAUGUGCUUUUAUUCUAUUACAAAUCUCAAAUUAUGGAGUACAGAGGCAAAUAAAUAAAUGAUGGGCCUUUGUUAGGCACUAUACAAAACUUACCUUCCGCGGCGCUACAGUUCUGCCACUGCCCGUGUGCGUGACUUUGGCGACUUUGAGAGGGGGGCGGGUUUAAAAUGCGCUUUUUUGCCAGCCUGAUGAAAUCGAUUUAUGUCAGGCUGUUUAGCUGCUGAAGAAUAAUCGCUCCAACAUCGGUUUUAUUACGUUUGUUUAAACUGCACUGGAUACUUUAAUUGCUGGAGUAAUUUAAAAAUCAACUUCUAAAGCCGUCAUCACCGACAAUGGGGACGGAUCUCACGUACGGGACAGAUAAAGGAAAGCCAUUUAUUUUACAUAUAAACGUUCUUCUUAGGAUGCCUUUAAUCAAAAUUUUACGUUGCGAUAAGGUGACUUAGGACCCAUACGAACCGGCAGUAUUUUUCCUGCCGAUAUGGAGUUUAAAUUCACCGCAACCGCAACGUUCCAAACGAUUGCAUUCCACAAAAUCCCACUCGCAAGAUGAUUUAAAUGGCCAUUAAUUUACGUGAAUUAAACACAAUUGGCGUAUAAAUUAAUGACAAUGAGAUUUAAAAAUCAUGUUAUAUUGUGAAUUCUUAUGUGAAUGUUAUUUGGAUACUUAGGCUAUUUAAAAAUGUUAACCUUUUCUUAAGAAAUUGAUAGAUGUUUAGAUCCAGUAAUUGAAUUAUGUAAUUAGCUACAAUUAGGUAAAUUAUAUGCUUUAAUUUCAGGUCAUACAAGUAAGAUUGUUUCAUAUUUGUUUCAGAGUGCUUCAAUCUAUAAUAACUGAAUAUGUCAUUCAGUUCCCAUAAUUUUUAAGAAAGUUAUGGGCUUUUGACUGUCCUUGAUCACAGCUUUUGAGUUAAGUCAAUGGAAAAGCAAUUGCUAAUUUCUGAGUAUGAAAAUGGCCUAACUUUUUUAAUACUGAAGAUAUGAAAGUGAAUUAGGUGUCAAAUUAAACUUAUUUUUAUGCUUUAUCUGAUGGGAUAAAAUACAGGCUUGAUUUUUUAAAUCUCAAAAUGUUGUAACAUUGCUACCUUUGUCCAAACUAUGAUGGAGUGCACUAUAGAUCGAACUGUUCUCCGUGGCCGUAAGGCAUGACCAGUAUAGCGCGCACCCUGCUGUGAAAAAGCUUUUUGUUAACGGGAGCUUUAUCCAACAGAGAGCACACGAUAUGGUAAUUUUUCCCCCCCAAAAAAAUUCCAGUCGAGGACUGAGAGUUGAUUCUUAAUCGCUAUCUAUUAUUAUGUGGCAAACGUCAGCUUCCGCCAAUCAGUGGAACCCAGGGUGGUUUUUUUCGCGGCCAAGUUCAGAACAAAAGUUCAGGAGCAUCAAUGUAAACCGGUUACGCUCCUGAUGUACAAAACAUUCUCUUCGGAAAUGGACUCUCCAGAAAGUGCUGAGAAUCUCCGCGACAAAAAGCUGCCCUCCAUGACCAUUGUGAUAGCCGUGUUUUCUGCAGGGAUUGGAGGAUCGUUUCAGACUGGAUAUAACCUGUCCAUCAUUAAUGCUCCCACCAUGGAGGUGCAGGCGUUCAUUAAUGAAACGUGGACCAUUCGGAACGGCACCAAUCUGCAAAGCGAGCUGCUCACGCUCCUGUGGUCUGUCAUCGUUUCCGUUUUCACCUUCGGUGGAUUCCUGGGGACGUGGUUAGGAGGAUACAUGGCUGGCAAAUUUGGUCGGAAAGGGACCCUCUUGCUUGUCAACGUCUUUACCCUGGCUGGAUCUGUCUUCAAUGGAGCGAGCAAACCGGCCGGCAUCUUUGAGCUUCUAAUAGUGGGCAGGUUUCUUGUGGGACUCCAUGCAGGUGCCAGUCUGUGUGUGCAGCCCAUGUACCUGGGAGAGAUCGCACCCAAGGUCUGGAGAGGAGCCAUCUCCGCGGGAACCCCCCUGUCCCUUACUUUAGGAAUCCUCGUUGGACAGAUAGUGGGACUGAGGGAGUUACUGGGCGGGGAACAGUACUGGCAUAUCCUACUCUUCACCAUCUGUAUCCCAGCUGUGAUCCAGCUCCUGAUGCUGCCAUGGUGCCCUGAGAGUCCCCGCUACCUCUUCAUUGACAAAAGACUGGAAGCUGAAGCCGUCCAGAGCCUCAAACAAUUGCACGGUGCUAAUUCUUAUUUGAGUGAAUUAGAGGAUAUAGAGAAAGAGUGGAUGGUGAUACAUCUGCAGCCGUCAAAGGGGCUGUGGGACCUUCUCAAAGACCGCUCGACUCGAUGGCAGCUCAUCACUGUGAUGGUGAUGAACGCAGGUGUGCAGUUCAGCGGCAUCAAUGUUAUCUACUUCUAUGCCACUUAUAUAUUCAGUGCUGCUGGAAUAGCACCGGCCUACAUCCCCUAUGUUACCAUGGGGACGGGAGCCUGUGAGUGUUUCUCAGCGUUAUGUUGUGGCCUUAUAGUUGAAUUGCUCGGCAGGCGGGUCCUCAUCAUCGGUGGCUAUUGCCUCAUGGUAAUGUGCUAUGCCGUAAUAACCAUUACACUAACCUACCAGGAUUCCUAUUUCUUGGUGCCCUAUAUGACAAUGACGUUUUUGUUUAUAUUUAUUCUGAGCUUUGGCCUGGGACCAGGGGUGACCACCACAGUGACGGGGGAGCUGUUCACACAGAUGGCCCGGCCAGCAGCCUACAUGGCCAGUGGCGCCAUUAGCUGGCUCAGCCUCUUCCUCGUCAGUGCGACCUUCCCCCUGAUUGUGGAGACCAUGCAGCACUAUUGCUUCAUCAUCUUCCUCUUCGCGUGCCUCCUUGUCACGCUGUUUGUCUACGUGGUCGUACCCGAGACUAAGAACAAGACCUUCAUGGAGAUCGAGAAGGAAUUUUGGGCUCGGAACUUGCGGUGCGGGUUACCGAUUGCGCCUGCAGGUGUGCCGUUGGCCGUUGUGAGGAAACCUUGAUGUUGUUGCCGGCGGCCAUCUUGGUUUGAGGUGGGACUGCAGGGCCGGAUGCAGCUUGUUCCAGUGACCAGCGGCGGUAGAUGUCUCAUGGCCACGCCACGUGUUUUGGAACAGCUUUGUUUGUUAGGUUCGCAGUUAAAAAACAGAACAAUUUCAGCCUUUUUCUAAACCUGAUUAUAUCCUUGCUACAGUAGUGCCUCUUCCGACUAGAGUCUUCCUGCUCCACAGAUGAGGUGCUUCGUCAUCUGCUGAGUGUUGAUAGCAGUAGAUCUCAAACUUUUGAUUGGACUAAAGUACAUAAUAAUAAUUUAAUGUGGCGAUUAGAUAAAAUAGUCUUCCUUGUUUCUCCUGCACCGUUACUUUGCAUGCACCAACCGCUUUCAGCAUUGAUUCCAGUCAGGAACAAUUCCAAUAAGGUGGGG